AUGGCAUCCAAUAUAUUUCACCGGGACGAGACGCCGUCUCGACGUGACCGUCCGAUUCAAAGUGAAGCAGGUGCAAGCUCGCACAGCGAGGAAGUUGCGAACCUCAGGGAGAGCCAUAGGCUGGUCGAGGAAAAUCUAGAUCACAACUUCAACUACAUUGAUGCCGAGACUUCAGCUACUGCAAGAAGGCAUGCUGCGCUGGAUACGUCGAACAAUAUCGCUGGAGGUGGAUCAACUCAAUUUUCUAAGUUUGCAUCAACUUCUCGAUGGCCGUACCAUGAUGAGGACGUCGAGAAUGACGUGCCGGCAUCGCUUUUAGUUGAGUCCAACGAACAGGAGCCCAAAAGAACCUUGCAGUCCAUGCAUACACAUCACGAUACGACGCCCCUGCACGCCGGAAAAUUCGAUAGACAACCAAAAGCACAAUGGCAGGCAACAACCGUACAUCAGCACAUGCAUCCUAAUAGCCAGCAGAGCGAUAUCAGUAUACAGCAGCCUAGGUCUUUGAUGAAUGGCUUAGCUCCUGGUGGGAGGAGGGAGAAAGCCCUUUGGAGAUGGGUCAAUAUCUCAAACCUUGAUAGCUUUAUGCGGGAUGUAUAUGAUUACUAUGAGGGUGGCGGUCUACUAUGCAUACUGUGUUCGAAUGCACUGUGGCUUCUGGAGACGCUUUUUGUCGCCGUUCUACUGACGUUUCUCACCCAAUGUGUUGACUAUGGCAAAGUGCCUCAUAGUAAGUCGUUGAGUGAGGUCGUCGUCGAUCAGUGCACACGAAAUAUGUCGACUUCCUGGAGCCUUGGCAUCUGGAUGUACUCCUUUUUCUUUAUAUGGAAAUCAGUCCAAUACUUCUUCGAGAUCCGUCGCCUGAUAUAUGUCCGAGACUUCUUCGUCUAUCUGCUCGAAAUUCCGGAACAGGAUAUGCAAACAGUAUCGUGGCAAGAUAUCGUUGCCCGAAUCAUGUCCCUGCGUGAUGAUAACCCGAAGACUGCCACUAAUAUGCCGCGUAAUCUUCGCCGCUAUAUCGGGAGUCAGUCGAAGGAAAGACUCGACGCUCAUGACAUAGCAAAUCGCUUAAUGAGAAAGGAGAAUUUUCUUAUCGCAAUGAUCAACAAGGAUGUUCUCAACCUCUCACUCCCAGUACCCCUCCUAGGCGACAGACAGCUUUUUUCAAAAACUAUGGAAUGGUACCUGCAUUAUUGUAUACUCGACAUGGCUUUCAACGAGUUUGGCCAAGUGAGGCAGGAAUUUUUGCGCGCCGACAGACGUUCCUUGCUUAGUCAAAAGCUUCGACAGCGCCUGUACUUUGCUGGGUUUCUCAACCUCAUUUUUGCUCCAGUAGUACUCGCAUAUGUUGUAAUUGUGUACUUUUUCACCUAUUAUAAUGAAUAUCAGAAAGACCCGAAACUAGCAGCCGCCCGGAAGUACACGGCUCUUGCGGAGUGGAAGUUUAGGGAGUUCAAUGAGCUACCUCAUAUCUUCUAUGAAAGGCUCUAUAUGUCUUUUCCAUUUGCAACCCGGUACAUUGAACAGUUCCCCAAGCGAAUGACAGAAGAAAUUGCUCGAAGCAUCUCAUUUAUGUCCGGGGCUAUAACAGCUGUGCUAGCCGUUGGCACUCUCCUCGACUCCGAGCUUUUUCUCGGAUUUGAAAUAACACAGGAUAGGCCAGUCCUAUUCUAUCUUGGCGUUUUUGGGGCCAUAUGGGCUAUGACCCGAGGCAUGAUAUCGGAAGAGACCACUGUAUUUAAUCCCGAGUAUGCACUACGAAAUGUUAUCGAAUAUACGCAUUAUAUGCCAGACCACUGGCAAGGACGUCUGCAUAGCUUCGAGGUCAAGCAGGAAUUCUCGGAGUUAUACAAGAUGAAAGUCGUUAUAUUCUUGGAAGAGGUUUUGGGCAUCAUCACAACCCCAAUGCUCCUGUUCUUCUCUCUACCGAAGUGCGCGGAACAGGUGGUUGACUUCUUUCGUGAGUUCACGAUUCAUGUAGAUGGCUUGGGCUAUGUGUGCUCUUUUGCUGUCUUCGAUUUCAAGAAAGGAAUAAGACAAACUCAGACACAGGCAGCCGGCCCUGAUCUUCGAGAUGACUAUUAUUCUACUAAACACGGGAAGAUGGCAGCGUCAUACUACGGGUUCCUGGACAACUAUGUUAUUAAUCCCAAGACGGGCAUCCCUGGUCAUAUGCCACCUGGGCCUCGGGGGCAAUUUUACCCGCCGCCAGCCUUCCCUAGUCUUAACUCUCCGUCUCUCGCGGCAGAUAUGCAUAAAUCACACAUUUCGCGGACAGACUUGGCGCGGAAUCGGGCUCGUGGGACCAGCACGAUGCCACACAAAAGAGCAAUGGUGCCCACCGUUCCGCAACUAUCUCCCAUGGCAUCUGUGUUGUUGGACCCGCAUAAUCAGCCAACGGCGCCAUCGUUGGGAGCGAGAAGUUGGCACCGGACUCGCCAGGCUAGAGGUGCUUAUCAUGGAGAAAAUCAGAUUGUAGAAGAAGGUGCAGGCUACGGAGCGGACAGACAAAGUGUAGAUGACGAGGAUGAUGUUUACGAUGAAGGCGGUAUCCUAGGAGAAUCAACCUGGGAAACAUCUCCAGAUAAGGGCCUUAGCCGAGAAAAUAGCUCAACACAACACGGAGAGCUAGGAGAAGGUGGUGUGCUUGGGCUCAUAUAUCAACUGCGCCAGGCACAACAUCGUCGACGAGGUGGCGUGGUUUAA